UUUUUUUUACAUUAUGUUGUAGACAAUUCGAAGUUAUCAAAUUAAAACUAUGAGGAACAUACAACGAUGGGUUUCUAUACUUUUGAUCAAUAGCAUAGUUGUGGUCAUGACACAGAUGUGUACAAUUUCCCACUAUGCUGAUGAUUGUGGAAAUAAAGGAUUGCUGUGGAACUGUAGUGGCUUAAACAUCUCCAAAUUACCAACAGAGCUACCUCCCGAGUUGGAAAAUAACAACGUCACGUUGGAUUUGUCCUUUAACCAGAUUAGCUCGUUGACAGAAGAUAUAUUUCAACAUAUUGCACGUUACUCAAAAGUCACUGCAAUCAUCCUAAAAUACAACAGUAUAACAGAAAUUGCAUAUCUGGCCUUCCAAAAACUGACGAGCUUAUGCAGUUUGGAUCUUUCUUAUGCACAUCUUGAAAGAAAAGAAAUAGAUUCCGAAGCAUUUUCUAAUCUUGACAAACUUCAGGUUCUUCAAAUCCACGGGAAUGACUUCCAAUAUUCUGGCUAUCCUGGCAUAUCACUUUCCAAAAUCCAUUCACUAGAAUAUUUAAAAAUUGACAUUUUCCAUAACUUUUCAUUUACAAAGCCCUUUGAAAAUUUAACAAAAUUAUCCCAAUUAGAAUUUCAUGUUCUCAACGCUUUCAAAUUAACCAAUGCUUCAUUUCAGGGCCUUAUGUACUCUCCAAUUCACAAUCUAACAAUGAAUUUUAGCAGUUUUGUCGAUUGUGACGUACCAGAGGAUCUUUUCUGCUCUUUUCCAUACCUAGAUAACGAAAUCGAAAUUUAUUUCGGUGGCGACUGCGAUGUGUAUGCAGCACUUAAGUCCUUAAAAUGUUUACAGAAUCAAACAAUUAUACAAAAACUGGAUUUGCGGCAAAACAAGAAAGCUAUUGUAACUGAUCCCAUCAUUUUAAACGAAAAAUCCGCCAAGUAUCUUGUCAAUAUCUGCGUGAGGGUGCUACUUUUGGGAAGCUGUCAUAUUGGAUAUUUUAAAGUAAAUUUACACGGAACAACGCUAUGGAAAUGCUUAGAUUCUUUAGAUAUUGACAGUAAUAACAUGAUAUAUGUUAGUUUUGCAACAGUUUCCGCAAUUUUCUCAAUGCCAAAACUUAAAAAAUUUAAUGCGUGCUGCAAUAACAAUAAAAACCUUAUGUUAGGAAAUAGCUCACACCGUGUGCUAGGAAAUGAUUACUUCUCUGUUAAUAUAACUUUACCAAAGAAUUUAGAAGUAUUAGACUGUUCUGGAAAUUACGUUCACAAUGCUCUAAGAUGGACAACAAAUUUAUCAUUAAUAGGUGAAAAAUUGCAAAAGUUGGAUCUGCAACACACAAAUUUUCCUCUUAACUUUAAAGGAACAUUUAACCUUCCGUCAUUGAGUUUUCUUAAUUUAUCUGAAAAUACAUUUAAAUAUAUUCACCCUGAUAUAUUCCAAAAUGUUAGAAAUCUUCGGAUAUUGAAGGCGGUAGAUAUCGGUGUAGGGCACAUCUCUGAAAAUCUGUUUAAAAAUCUCAGACACCUGGUGUCACUCGAUUUUUCUCAAAACAGUUUAAGAAGUUUACCACGCUCUCUUUUAAAAGAUCAGAGGGAAUCUUUAUUAGAAAUUAUACUGGACCGUAACAUGUUCACUGCCCUUCCAGAUGUUUUGAUAAAACAUGAAAAGGUGCAGAUGCUGUCUAUCCGGUACAACUUAAUAUCAAAGUUUUCUAAGAGAGACCAAAGCCUAUUUAAAUCAACAAAAAAUCUAUCAUUUCUUUUAGAGGGUAAUCCGAUUUCCUGUUCAUGUGUGAAUAUCCAGUCUUUGAGAUGGAUGAAAGAUCACCAAAAUUCAAUUUUAGAUCUCUCAACAGUUCAAUGCGCGGAGAGUAAAGAUCCUAUUUAUCAAUUGUUUCACGACCAAGUUUGGGUGAAAUUUGAACUAGGUUGCCAGGCAACCGACUGGCUAAUUUUUUCACUCGGACUACUGGUGUUCACAGUGUUGACUCUCAUUUCCAUAGCCGCCAUUAAGAAAUACCGAGUUCAUUUGGAAUAUGUUAUUCUAAGAAUAAAAAACAGAUUAAAAGGUAUGCCAUUGCGAAUCAGUGAAGGUGAUGUGUUUUUGUACGAUGUCUACGUUUCAUACGAUGAAGUGGACUACCCGUGGAUCCUUGGGGAAUUGUAUCCAAAAUUAGAAAGACUUGGCGUAACGGCAUGGUUGACAGAUAAAGACUCCAUCCCAGGAAGACCGAGGUCUGAGGAAAUAGUCAGCUGUGUCACCGAAAGCAGGAAAGUGAUGUUUGUGGUCAGCGAAAGUUUUACGGAUAAAGGAUGGUUUUCAUAUGCUGUGCAGAUGGCCAUUACGCAUGCAUUUCAUAAUCAACGUCAGGGAUCCAUCGUCGUUUUAAUCAAAGAUGACGUCCCUUUAGAAAGGCUCCCAGACGAAAUGAAAAACAUAUGGUGGUGUAUUGAACAUAUCAGAUGGCCAAAGAACGAUGGUACAUGUAGCGACGAAAUGAUACUAUCAGAAUUAUCUAACAUCAUGAAACCGAAAUAAACAUACAGUUACUUACAUCUUUUUUCUCUCUGACGAAAUUGAUAAUUGUAUAUAGCUACAUGCGCGGAUCUAGAAAGGGGUCCGGGAGGGGGGGGGGGUUGGACCCCCUACUCUGGAAAAUUCAAAUUUCUUAAAUUCACAUAGUAAAGUUACCAAAAAUAUGCCUCGCUACCCCCAUCCCCACCCCCGGCCAACACAAUUACAUGUACCCCUCGGAACCCCCAGCCCAGCCCACGGGAAAAUUUUCUGGAUCGGCGCAUGAUCUAGUAUAUUUGUAAAACACUAAUGUCUUUCUUUCCUUAUCUGAACAUUUUAAUAUCGAUUAACCCAGGAUAGUGGUCGUGAACAUUUCAUAGUAUCACAGUGUAUGAUAUUUACGUUUUUUCUAUAUUUCUCAUUGCGUAAAAUAUAAUUGUUUUAA